CUGAAGGUUGAGAAAAUGGCUGAAUAUAUUACGAUCAAUGGAAUAAGUCAUAAAGUAAAUCUGGCUGUUUUGCCGCCGGAUAUUACCCUGAAUACCUUUAUCCGGGAGCAUGCCCAACUUACGGCCACCAAGUUCAUGUGCCAGGAGGGAGGAUGUGGAGCCUGUGUCUGUGUGGUGCGCGAUGGAAAACGCAGCUGGGCUGUCAACUCGUGCCUCACUCUGCUCAAUACCUGCGCCAAUUUGGAGAUCGUCACGGCAGAAGGAUUGGGAAACCAGCGUACGGGCUACAACCCCAUCCAGAAGAGACUGGCCAAGAUGAACGGCACCCAGUGCGGCUUCUGUUCCCCGGGUUUCGUGAUGAACAUGUAUGGGUUGCUCGAGCAGAAUGACGGAAAAGUUUCCAUGACGGAAGUGGAGAACUCCUUCGGGGGCAACAUCUGCCGGUGCACUGGUUACCGACCUAUUCUGGAUGCUAUGAAAUCCUUCGCCGUGGAUAGCAACAUCCAGGUUCCCAAAGAGUGUGCCGAUAUCGAGGAUCUUAAGCCGCGCAACUGCCCCAAGACAGGAUUAGCGUGAAGCGGAACUUGUGAUCAGUCCCGAUCCACCUUGGUUUACGACGAUGGAAGC